CUGCAAAUCUGGCUCGCCUGCGCCCCGGAAGCUGCCCCUGCUCGGGGGUCAUGAUGGGCAGCAAGAUGGCUUCCGCCAGCAGGGUCGUGCAGGUAGUGAAGCCACAUGCUCCAUUAAUAAAGUUCCCUAACAGAAGAGACAGACCUAAACUCAGUGAAGCUUUGGGAUCUGCUGCACUACCCUCCCACUCUUCUGUAAUUUCACAGCAUUCUAAAGGAAGCAUGUCCCCAGAUUUACUGAUGCAUCAGGGGCCACCAGAUACUGCAGAAAUAAUAAAAUCAUUACCUCAGAAAUACAGAAGGAAACCUAUGUCUCAAGAGGAAAUGGAAUUUAUCCAGCGUGGGGGUCCAGAGUGAUCGUCGUGGCUGCUGCUUGUCACCAGACAGAAGGAUUAGCUUUACAAUAAAGGACUUCCACAAUGUCAAAUGAAAAGUCAUAUAUUAAACAACCUUAAUAAAUAUUCUGUAAGCAGGAUGAAGUAUAGAAACUCCAGGUGGUCACUUGUAUCUCCUACGUUAUGUAUCUUGGUCAGCUUCCCCACAAGCUGACCUGUACACUUAUUAAAGUCUACAUUUUUAAAUGCUA